GGGUGUGGUGGUUUAAACCUAAACCUGAUAAUGCUUAUAGAUUCAGGACUUAGUAUAUCCUGGUCAGUGAUUUCGGUGACUCUAUUCUGCUAACCAACAACAUCCCACAAUUGCUCAUAAGAAGUUGACCAGAAGUUCAUGCCAUCUUCGGGCAUCAAACUGAUAAAGGAGGCAAUUUGGUAGUGGAAUCUUGAAACGAAUUAGUCUUCUGGCCACCAAGUAUACCCCCCCAACAUCCACUAUGAAGACACGUUACCUAACGGUGGUCAACAACGCCCUGAUACCAUGCUUCUUCUUCGUCGACUGUCUUCUACUAGCAGGCAUUGUUGCCCUAUGGUACUUCAUGGUAUUCUGGAAUGGGGAUGUAUUCUUCACCAACAGUCGCUACAUUCUCUGCUCUGAUGUACCUUUCUACAGUUUUCCAAUCCUCGAGUCCAGAGUACCAGAUAUAGUUGUUUAUGUACUGUGUUUUGUAAUGCCUCCAGUUGUGAUUUUAUUUGGUGAGGCUGCACUGGCCGUGUUCCAGCUACAGGGACAUGAAAAUCCAGUUUUUGAGAAGACGGUUGAAACAUUUGAUAUUCGGUUCCAUCCCAUUGUCAGAAGAACUCUAAGAUAUAUUGGACUUUUUGCCCUUGGUGGUUUUCUGACGUGGAUUCUUGCCCGGACUACACAACUUAUCCUGGGUUACCCAACUCCGUAUUUCUUCAGUAUGUGUGUACUGCCCUCAACGUCAUGCACUGGUAUAAGUCUAGUUACGCAACUACCAGAGUGUCCCGCAGACACCGACAAAUUGGCCAGGCAAUCGUUCCCAUCAUUGUUUGCUGCUUUGAGUUCUUACUCAGCUGUCUACACAGGAAUCUACAUCACCAGUGUGUUCGUCAUCAAAUCAUCUAAGACCCUCAAGCCACUGAUCUUCCUGGUGUGCGUUUCGUUAUCCUACUUGAUGGGUCUGGAACGUCUUGCGUUUCAUAAGAACAGUUGGUCGGACGUCAUUGCUGGAUGGUUGCUGGGUGGACUUAUAGCUGCCUACUUGUGUUUUGGUGUCUUGAAUUCCUUCCACGGGCACGUCUUUAAUCUCCUUCCACGUUUUACUGAUCCACCUCGUCAGAAACAGUCACAAAGCUCAAAGAGUCGUGACAGACCGAUGUACAUCGAUAGAAAUAUGGAGAACACUUAUUCAGCCGUCCAGAUUCCUUCUGCACAGCGAAGCCAAUCACGGGGAUUCUAUACGUACGACGGCAUACGCGGUCGGAUAGCACGCAAAGUAGGCGGUGCCGAACGCGCCGUUAUCCGACCCGUACCGAGCUCACAGAGUGAAGAUCCUCCAAUGGGAACGAACUACUUUUGAUAGUCGACGUUGAUAGGGGAGAGCGGAGCGCUGGUUUGAGGUCUAAAGCGGAAAUUAAAAAUGAUCUAUCUUGUGACGACAUUGGAUAAAGCAAGCAAAGUUAUCACUGUGGAAAACUGUUUAAAGGAAACAAGAAUGCAGAGAUACCUUUAUCGUGGAACAAUACAUCCCAAUGUGGCCAGUGGGAAUAAAUGGUUAGCUGGUGACAUUUGACCUUUUUAUGUUUAAAUCUCAGACCUGUGACUAAGUAACCCCACCAUAUUUGUUGGAAGUGAUUGUAUGUACAUAGUUAGGAAAGGCUUGGCAAUCCACACACAAAUUAAUGGAUUUAUUUUUAUUUAUACUGUAAAUUUUGGUACCUGGGCCCAAUUUCAUUUACCGCAGAAUUCUGUGUCAACGAUCACCAUUCUUUGCUUACAUGGCAAGCUAAAGUUCUGCGCUAGCUGUGUAAGUGAAUUAAGAAUGCCAAGUAACAUGGAGAGUGCACGCGCACAAGGAAAAAAUUCCCUGCUUACCCAUGAAAUAUGCUUGACCUAAGCGCCUACCUCCUUGCUUCCGUAAGUGUCGAUACGUUGUUUUUGGUUAGCAGAGCCAUGAAAUCGGGCUCAGAUGGGGCAAAUAUUCUAGAAGCAUAUAAAGAUGAUUUUUUUUCCCCUUCUUUUUUAGAUUUGUAAAACUUUUUUAUAACUUAAAAACUAAUUAAAGCAAUGCAUUGUAUUGAAAACCUUUUUUAAAACUCAAAUUUAUUGUAAAGUGUUUUGUUUUUAAUUAUAUCUAAGUAGUUUGACUAUAUUAACAAAAAGCACCAUGGCUCUCAAAAGCUUUGAAGUUUCCAACUUCCAAAAGUUGAAAAGAUUUUUGGUUAGCCUUGGGCUAGCCUGAACAUCUGACGUCACACUUCGAGGCUCGUGAAUAAUGCCAGAGACCUGCCUCGAAACCGGCAU